AUGCCUUCUGUCGGAAUCGUUGGUGCUGGCUUGGUGGGCUGUCUUGCAGGAUUGGCUCUCAAUGCCAAAGGCUUUGAUGUUACAAUCUUUGAAUUAAGACCAGAUCCUAGAAAGGAGGACUCCAGGACCUCUUUGAGAUCUAUCAACUUAGCCGUGAGCGAUAGAGGUAUCAGGGCUAUGCGUUAUGUGGACAAGGAGAUUGCCGACAGAGUGCUUAAACAUGUGAUUCCCAUGAAGGGCCGUAUGAUCCAUGAUAUUUCCGGAAAGAAGCAAGAGAGCCAGGUAUACGGUCUCUUUGGGGAGAGCAUCAACUCGAUCGACCGACUUUUCUUGAACAAGGUGCUUUUGCAGGAGCUCAACAAGGUCCGUGUUAAGGUGUUCUUUGAACAUAAGCUUAUGGCGUUGGUCAAUGGCGAACAGCCUGAAUUGCAAUUGGCUGCGAAAGACGGCUUUGAUAAGAAGGUCAAGUUUGACUAUGUGAUUGGCGCUGACGGAGCCCAUUCCCAGUUUCGUUACCAGAUGCAAAAGGGCAUGAGAAUGGAUAUCUCCCAGCAGUACAUCGACAUGCAAUACUUGGAACUCUCCAUUCCUAAGGUGGCUGGUGCAGCUUCAAACCACCCAUCUCGUUUUGCCAUUGACCCUAAUCAUCUUCAUAUCUGGCCCAGGAAGGACUUCAUGUUGAUUGCCUUGCCCAACGAGGACGGGCUGUUUACACUGACAUUCUUCAGUCCUUGGUCGGUCAUGGAGCUGUUUAAGCACAAUGCGGACCUGUUUUUGGCUUUCUUCAAGAAACAGUUUCCCGAUGCUUUUAAGCUCAUAGGUGCCGAAAGACUCAGCUACGCCUUUCUCCACCAACCACGGUGUCUGUUAAUGCAGGUGUCUGUGAAUCCUUACAGCAGUCCCAACCAUAGAACCCUUGUUAUUGGCGAUGCUGCACACUCGAUGGUGCCUUUCUACGGCCAGGGCAUGAACUGUGGAUUUGAGGACGUCCAUGUUUUGAUGAAGCUUUUGGAUAAGAACCAGAAGAACCUCUCCAAGAGUAUCUCCCAGUACACAGCAGCCCGUAAGGAGGAUUUAGAUGCUAUCUGCAAAUUGGCGCUCGACAACUACUACGAGAUGUCCACCAAGGUCGUGGAUCCGCUCUACCUCUUGCGGAAGAAGAUCGACUACGUUUUGGGAAAGCUAGGCCUGGGCUGGCUCUUCACAUGGAUCCCCAUGUACACGAUGAUCUCGUUCAGAGGCGAUAUUCGCUACUCGGACGCUGUAAGGAGAGAAAAGCUGCAAGCCAAGAUCUUGCGUUGGCUUCAAAACGGCACCGUUGCUGUAUCGGCGCUUGUGGUGGCCUACUAUGUUCGCAAGCUCAAGAAGCGGAACGUCGGCCUGUUCCAGCUCUAG